AUGCCAUCGCAAGAUCUAGAGCUUGGUCAGGUAUCAGAGCCCUCAUCAGAACCGGCACCAACGCUGUGCUCGGCGUCUGAACAGCCUGCAGCGCCCAUUAGUGAAGGUUUUAUAGGCCUCACUGCAAAGAUCGCAGCCGAUCCUGACAAAAGCACGACUAUUUAUCGACGAUUUGACGCACUUUCGGCACGAAAUCUCCUUUUCUACCAAGCUGAGCUUGCAGAAUUAGAAGAGCGGCAAAAUCAGUACGAUAAAGAGGAUCGGAAAGCAAGAGACCAGCUGAACCAGGCAUCCAUAGAGUGUCAACAUGACUGGGAGACAUUCGCAAACUAUGCGAAAGAAGUCGGGAGAGAAAGAAGUAAAAUGGAGCUUGCUAUGAAAAUCAGAACUACUCUGGAGAAAUAUCAUGAAGCGCUCUCCGCCCACCAACGACUACUCAACUCUCCACCACCCUCCACAACCACUGUAAAAGCUAUGCAAAACUGGUUUAAAGACCCAACUGGGAAAAAGGACCCGAAUAAUUGCAUACCACAACUUUGGGGCGCAAGCGAACACACGUACUCCGAUCCCCACGACCUCGUCGCUCUGCGAGUCCCUGUAGACCAAGAUCGUCUCUCAGAUUUCAUACAAAAGAACUUCGGCGUAUUCUUCAAGACGUCCCACGGUUCAGGAGGAGGAGCCCAGAUAUUGAUUUCCCACGCGACGCUUUCAAUGUUCUCCACCAUCCUCUCCCUCAUCCUCGCUUCAAUCCUGUUGUUCGGCGCCAUCAUAUCUCUAUCAAUCAUCGGAUCAAAACCCGUUUUACUUGGAAUGCUGUGCUUCUGGACUGUACUGUUUGCUGCUUGUGUUGGACUAUUGACAGAUGCGAAGAGAGAUCAAGUCUUUGCGGCGACGGCGGCGUACGCGGCUGUGCUUGUGGUCUUCAUAAGCGGUAAUCUUGGCGGCGGGGGUGGAGGAGGAGGAAGUUGCGCUUGUCCUCCAGCUCCUAGCUAG